AUUACACAGUGCAAGAACGAGGCUACCAGCUUGGUGUGAGGUAGGUAGGCUAUUGGUAGUAUCCAUACGUACAUCAGCUCAGUCUCAUCUCGGCUAACGUCGCUGCUACUACCAGACUUUUAGCUAGAGUCAUGGCGAUGUCCCGCUGCGUCACCCUCCACUUCACGGUCCUCGCACUGCUGCUCGUGGACACAGAGGCUGUAUUGAGCGCCAUGAGAGCAGCCAAAUGUCUGGUGCCCAAUGGUGUGGAACACAUCUCCAGAGCAGCUAUUCUCCAGCAAUGCAUCUCCAGAAAUUAUGCUCAAGGCAAUGAAACAACAUGUUACCCAGAGCUGGGAUGUUUCCCAGUAGACUCACCUUGGACAACACUAUUGCGGCCAUUCCCGUCACCCCUCCACCCUGCAGAAAUCAAUGUGCGCCUUUACUGCUAUACCAAAGAAUCACCAGAGAGGUACAACAUCACUCUAUGGCCUGACAUCUCCUUAGAGGGCUGCCCAUUCCGAGCUGACAGAAGAACUGCCUUCAUCACUCACGGGUUUGCCAGCAAUGGCAACGCUUCUUGGCUAUCUGACUUGAAGGAUGACUAUUUGAGUGCUUUGGAUGCUAACAUCUUCUUGGUGGAUUGGGGACAGGGAGCUGAACUACUCAACUACCUACAAGUUGCAUCCAACACCAGGAUUGUUGGUGCUGAACUAGCCAGGUUUGUCAAGUACCUCCAGGAGCAGCAUGGUCUACAGGUGGACAAUCUUCAUCUGAUGGGUCACAGUCUAGGGGCUCAAAUCUCAGCCUAUACAGCCAAGGCGAUCCCUGGAAUUUAUCGACUUACAGCUAUGGACCCAGCGCAGCCAGGCUUCGAAGGUCAAGCAAAGGAAGUGAGGCUGGACAAGGAUGAUGCCAACUUUGUCGAGGUGAUUCACACAAAUGCCCUACCCUUCCUUCCGACCCUAGGGUUCGGGUUGAUUAUGCCCCAUGGACAUGUGGACUUCUACAUGAAUGGAGGUCUGAGGCAGCCCGGCUGUCACCUGCCUGACAUCACAGAGAUCAAGAGCAUCAAGGAUCUCACCAAGUUCCCAGUAGAAAUUGUAAACAUGUGGGUGAGCUGCUCCCACGGUAGAGCCUAUGAAUACUAUUCACAAGUGUUACGGAGCAACUGCACCAUUUGGGGACGAGUAGCCUCGCUCACCCGUCAGAUACUCAAUGCUGGAACAUUGGGCAUGCUGGAGCCACUCUUCUCCAGCAUCAAGAGAUGUGAUGCAGAUUCGUGCAUCCCCCUUGGACUGGAGACGCCUGAAUUCAAGGCGAGGGGUGUCUUCGCUGCUACCACCCACAAGAGUUCUCCAUAUUGUGAGACCAACUUUGAUGUAAACAGCAGAAUAUUGAAGGAGAUACGGGAUGAGAUUGACGAGACAACUUCCAAAAUAACAGACACAGUGAGGGGAGUUGUCAGUAGGGGCAAGGCUGUUGCUACAGGAGCUGUCGACAAAGGAAAAGCUGUUGCUUCAGGACUAACGGGAAAACUAGGAGGAAUUGUGCGUUUUGGCAAAAAGGACAACGGUGAUGAUGAUGUUGAUGAUGAUGCCAUUGUUGUAGAUGAGGAUGAGAUUGCUGAAGAUUGUUUAAUUUAACAGCUGUGUAAAUAAAUGUUAUGCCAUGUUA